AUGCCGCGCUCACGGGCCACAACAAACAAUCCUAACAGCGAUCCCUACGACGACGACAAGCGUCGCGACGAUCGCCGCAGCAGCUAUGCCGAGUCGACCAGCUCCACACUGCGCGACGACAAGGACCGGAAGAAGGGCAAGGACAAGAAGCUUGAGAAGCGCCGUUCGACGCGUUCGGUGCGAUCAGGAAGUUUGUCGCAAAGUGGCGCUGGCUACAGGGGCGACAUUGUCGACAGCCCCAAGCAAGCACAGCGCAGCUUCAGCGGCCAGAUUGGCAGCGACGGCUUCUCGCAGUUCCCAGGACAGGCAGGAGCGCCCAUGAUGUCGGGCGCUCUGCCAGUGGGAAGCCACCACCCACCACCGCACCCCGAAGACUUGGACAAUCACGUGCAGAGCCAGUUCCCUGGACAGAACCCGGCGCAGUACACCUCGAGUGCGCUGCCUGGCGGCCAUCCCUUUGGAGCGGCUGCCGAGUUUUACAACGACCAGGGCCAGUCUGUGCAUCAGCAGCCAGGUGUGAGGCCUCAGCCGCCUUCGGUCAUAAUAGGACAGGAUACCCCCCAUCUCAUGUCUGCCUCUGCGCAGCCCAACCCGGUUGCCGACACCGGAUCAGGUGCCGCCGCAGACUUCUAUGGGCCCAGCACGAGUGUCCCUUCAUCCAAACCCCCAAGGCCAUCGAGCUCAUCUAUGCCCGGUGCUUUCGUCGACGACGCCCCGAUGCCUGCGAAGCCACCACGGCCUGCAUCUUCGUCGAGGCCCGACAAGCCAAGCACGUUCGGUCCAGCUGCUACUAUGGCUGGCGGAGCUGCCCUUGGAUACGCCAUGGGCCACAGCUCAUCUAAUCAUGAACACUCUACAAGCUACAGCUCAGCGAAUGUUCGUCCUUCUACAUCCUACUCUUCUUACACUAAUAAUACCACCCCGCCUGCCCCGGCUCCCGCGUCCACGUACAACAUGUACGGCUCGGCUCCUAAUACUUCUAAUACCGCUGCCAACGACAGCAGCUACCUCCCACCCUACGCUGCAGCCGCCGCCUACGGUGCGGAAGGCGCGCCUCCCCCAAAGCCACCUCGGCCGGCCAAACCAGAGAAGCACUCGUCUGGCAGUAUCGCCGGAUUGUACGCUGCUGGCGCUGCAGGAUUGGCGGCUUAUGGCUUGAAUCAACAUAAUUCACAUUCUCACAACCACAACCACACCCAUACCAACACACACUCGCACAGCACCUCUCACCACUACACGUCGACACACGGACCCAAUGGGCAUCAGCACAAUGGUGCUCCACAUAGUUCGUACAGCUCUGGCGGCAUGGCUCAGCAGCAUCAGCACACUGGGCCCGUUUCCAAGUUUGUCGACUGGUGGAAGGAUUACGAAGACGUGCAGAAGAUGGAGGAAUACACCGAGUACAUCGGAGUCUGCAAGGGUUGCUUUGAUCCUCGCUCAUCCGUCUUGGACGCUCCACGCAAGCACCACUAUUACAGAAAACGAUCCAGUGAGUUCAUGCGGCCAUCUGGUGGCAUCGAGAAACAAUCCCGUUACUCGCUCAAGGAGAAGAAGUCUUACGGCUCUAUCUCUUCGGGCGAGGAGCGCCGAAAGACCAAGAGCAGUGCCGCAGGCUGGGUAGCUGCAGGCCUAGGCGGAAUUGGCUUGGCCAAGGCUGGAAAGGCUGUUUUAACUGCCGGCCGCGACGACUUUGAUGAUACCUAUAGCAUCAAGUCUGGACGCUCAAGAAUCUCACGCCGCAGUCGCAGCCGAUCGAGGGACCGCAAGAGUUACAGCUAUGGCAGCUCUGGCAUCCGUCAUCGGAGCAAUUCUGCUGAUCGCAUGUCCGUCAUGUCAGUGGGCGUCACGAAUGACAAGAAGGACCGUAAGGAUUAUAAGAUUCGCCGUCAUUCCCGAUCGAGCUCCAGUUCAAGCAAUAACUCUGGACGUGGCAAGACUGGCUUGAUCGGCACUGCUAUCGGCGCCGGUCUCGCAGGUGCCGCCCUUGGAGCGGCUACAAGGAAGAAGCACUCUAGCCGAUCCAGGUCGCCUAAGAGGGUACAGGUUAUACACCCCCGGAGAGAUAGUAGCGACGAUGAGCGCCGUAGGAGGAGAUCCCAUCAACUUCGACGGAAAGCUUCUCGAAGCUCAACAUCUGGCGCCUCCGUCAUCGAGAUUGGCGACACUCACGAAUCCCAGGGUGGUUUCUUCAAUGGUUUCUUCGCUGCACCCCCUCCAAAAGAGAAGCGAGUCAACACCACGAGUCUCAAGAAGAAAAAGAAGGGCUUUUUCAAUUUCAGCAACAACUCGUCGUCCUCAUCCGACUCUGAGAUGGCAUUCGGCACCGGCUAUGUGAAGAGGACGCGCCGACGAUCAUCAGGACGAACAUCAGGACGGUCAUCACCUAAGAGACGGAACUCGGAUGAGCGAUUGAAAGCCUCUCUUAUCGGUCUUGGCGCCACUGCCGCUGCUAUUACCGCAGCGAAGGCUGGCAAAGGUAAACGCCACAAUGAGGUUGUUGCUGUAAAGGAAAACCGACUCGGUCGCAAGACAAGCCAAACCUCACGACCUGGCUCCCGUUACGGAGACGACGAGUGGGAGGAUUUGCCGGAUGAUGGUACUUCAGACUCCUCGAGUGACGGCGGUCUCGUUUACGGUGAUUACGCCCUGAAGAAGACCAAGAGCAACGACUCCAUCGGAUCCAACGAUUCAGGGACCAACAAAUGGGGCUGGCGUUGGGGUUUUGGCAAGAAGAAGAGGAGGUCGUCCAAUAAUCUCUACGACAACAUCGCCAGUACAUCUCUUAUUGGACCUACCGCAGCUGGUGCCGCAGGUGCUUUGACGGGCGCAGCUGUUGCAGCUACUCAUGGACACCACGACAGUGAGUCUAGUAGCGCGCAAACACUGCAAUCGGUUUACCCUGUUGCACCUCUUGACCCCAAUGCGUCGUUCGAUGCACGCCGCACAAGCUCUAUCGUCACCAAUCAACCUCCGGUCACCCCAGGCCCUGGUCCUGUCCCCAUCCAGCACCCUCAGCCAGUGCAACAAGUCCCUGGAUCGAUUUAUUCAACACAAGCGCCACCACAAUCUGGCUACACUGCCCCUGCAGGCCCACCAGUCUUCUCACAAGCACCAUACCCACCUCCGUACCCCAUGCAAUCCCAAGUUCAAAACAUCAUUGUUCAAAGCCCUCAGCAUCCUCAAUUCCGUCGAGCGAACUCUUCGCCUAUUCAGAGCUCAUCGUGGAAGCGGGAUGCGGCUAUGGCAGGACUUGCAGCGACUGCUGGGGCUGCCGUAGUGUCCGCACUGAAACACCCUGAUCGCCCUCCUAGUCGCCCACCAUCCGCGAAUAGCAAUGUCCGCUUCAAUCUAACGCAAGAGCAAGUAGACAAAGAGCAGCGUGAGCGACGUAAGGAGCAAGACCGCUUAGACGAAGAAGCCAAUCGUCGUCGAGAACAACAAAGAAUAGACGAUGAGGCGCGACGGGAAGAAGAAGACCGUAUUCGUCGAGAGCAACAGCUACGCGAUGAGGAGGCGCGACGAGAAGCAAUCGCGCGACGGGAAGAAGAAGAUCGCGUUCGAAGAGAACAGCAACUGCGAGAGGAUGAGGCUCGUAGAGUCGAGGAAGACCGUCGGCAGACACUGCUUCGCUUGGAGGAAACAGCACGUCAAGAAGAAGAGCGCCGCCGUGAGGAAGACGAACGGCGUCGCCAAGAGUUGCAACGGCAGCAGGACGAGGCCCGCAAGUUCAUGGAUAUCGAACGCUUGGCUAGGCUUGAGAACGAACGUCGUCGUGAACAACAAGAGGCUCAGGCACGCCAGGCUCGAGAAGCAGAAGAUCGGGAGCGUCAGCAACGGAUAGCCCAACUGGAGCACCAGCGCCAGCUUGCAAGCGAGGCAGCCGAAGCUGAGCGAAGACGAAGAGAGCGACUUGAAGCCGAGCAAGAAGAAGCUGCUCGAGCUGAAGCUGCUCGACGCGAAGCUGAGCAAGAAGAAAUAGAGCGACGUCUCCGAGAACGCGAAGGGGACUAUAUCGAUCGCUAUCCGAGCAACCGAGCGCAGAAGCUUGUACAACAACCCUUGGGAGGCUCCAUUGCUUUACCUGCCACUAGUGCCCAGCGAAAGGAGCAGGAGCUGCAAGACCGUGAACGUCAAGCAUCCAAGUCCGACAAGAAGUCUUCUGUCGCUGGCGCUGUAGCCGCUGGCGCUGCCGCAGCAAUCGCGACUGCGGCGAUCUCGUCCUACAGGGACAAAGAGAAGGAGAGAGAGCAAGAGAAAGAACGGGAGCGUGAGAAGAAGCGCGAGCGCAAGCGGGAGUCUUCCUCAUCGAAGUCGUCGUCUUCGAAGAGCAGCAAGAAGCGGGAGUCAACCAGCGUCAAGACCGUUGAACCUAGCAAAAUCGAGCAGGACAUGUUCGACGAUGAGAUCUUCGACCCCAACAUCUUCAAGCAGGACAACUCUCGCCAACAAGCUCGCGACGUCUUACAAGACUGGGAGGACAGGUACUCUGCCGAGCCAGUCUCUCAAGCUGACUUCUUCGCGCCGGAAGAGCUUCUGACCAACGACAACCUACCAAAGGUUCAUCCCGUAGACCCGAACGAGGGUGCUCCUGACCUUCCUGUGUACCAGUCAUAUGAAGACUACCCGAUCAGCCAACCCAAGAUUCCACCGUAUCCUCCAUCGUAUUCGUUCACGGCCACCAGGAAUGGUCGGCCUUCUCAACCACAACCGCCGCCUGUACCUUCGCUGAACCUCAUUUUGCCUACACCCCCCGGUAGUCGCGCACCCUCUGUGCGUAGUCCAUCGCCAGCAGUGGAGCCUAUCAGGGAAACCAGGCGCGAGCCAAGGGACGACGAGUCAAAUCGAGCAAGAUCUAGAGUGAGUUGGGGCGAGAACCAAUUCCACCACUUUGAUGUCCCGACUCCAGAGUCCUACCGCGAACAAUUCGUCUCUGACGGCGACCUCAAGUCGCGUGAAUCGAAGCAACCUGCCGACGAGACCACAGUUGAGCGGGAGACGUCUAAGCCUCAUCAGACUACGUCUACUUAUACACCCUAUCGCCCAGAGAUGUCAACAGUGCCAGAGAGCAAGGAGACCGCACCUAGUACACAGUAUAUUCGUGACAAGGAUGACUCCACGUGGGACAGUGUCGUGGAUGCUGCUUCCAAGAAGAGCAAGACCAAGGAAAAGAAGUCCGCGGCCGCCGCUGCGGCAGCAGCCCUCACCACUGCAGCGGUUCUUUCUAGAGAAGAAAAUGAUGAACGCGACUUGCGUGACUUCAGACCCACCGCGUCCAGCUUAAGCAACCCGUUUUCUGAUGCGAAUAUGGCGCCUUCCACCAUUGCUGCAUCAACUACUUCGGCAUCAACCAUUUCGGCAGCACCGUCGUGGCCUUCCACUAUCACUCCGUCAAACAUCUCAGCAGCGCCAUCGUGGCCUUCCACUAUGUCUCCAUCAACUAUCUCGGCGGCACCGUCUUCCACCAUCUCUCCAUCGAUCAUCUCUGCUGCACCAUCUACGAGCAGUGUGCAGACAGCAUACUGGCAGCCUGAACCAGAGCGCAACGCAUGGAGAGCUCCUCAGCAGGAUCCAAUUGGACCCGGUUUUGUUGAAGGAGAGGUUUCUACACCACCAGCGAUCAUGCACAUGCCUGGUGGUUGGGAUGACAUGCCCGAGUCUGAAGUACCCGCAGAGGGGCCCUCGGCAUACUCGACGAAGACGGACGUAAAGGGUAAGGAUAAGUCUAAGGAUACUAAUGAAAGUGUAGCUAUGCAGAAUGUCUCUCGACGUGGGGACGCAACACCCACCGUGACUUCCGCACCAGUCAAAGAGAAGGAAGCCGAGCCAGAGGUCAAGACAAGCAAGAAGGACAAGAAGAAGAAGUCCAAGAAGUCAUCGAAGCGAGCUAGUGUAGAUACAUGGGAGAUGAGCGAACCCAGCCCACCAUCAAGCCCGAUUAUCGAGCGCGAUCCCAGGGACAUCGAACCUUCCAGAGACCCCAGAGACAUCGAGCCAUCGCGGGAUCCCAGAGAUAUCGAGCCUACUCGACGCGCUGAAGCCUCGCGUGCCCCUGAAUCAUCUCGCUACAACGAGCCAUCUCGAUCCGCUGAACCACCACGGCUAGGAGAAGCAUUCCAGGAAUCACCCAGCACUUCUCCCAAGAAAAGCUCUCGUCAGGAGGAGACCAGCGGCAGUAAAUCUGCUACUGCCGCAAUGGCCGGUGGUUUCGCUGCUCUGAUGGGUAUGACUAUGAACCAGGAUCAGAACAGGAUGGCCUCAGACCUCGAGCGUGCCAGGAAAAAUUUGGAGUCUACAGAGAAGAACGAUUCUCGCAACUCUCCUGUGUCUCCGACAAACGGUGCACGCGCACUCGAAGAACACGAGAAGAAUGUAACGAUUCCAAGCUACGCAUUCGAGGGUAUCGACGAGUUAGCCGACAAGACACCGAGACCGAAGGUUCAGAAAAGACAUAGCAGCGGCAAAUGGUCACCAAGCAUUAGUUCUCCUCUCAGGACCGAGACGAAGUAUGACGACUAUAUGGGCGCUCGUACUAUUCCUGAUCCUUCAAGAUAUCAGACUAUGGUCGAGGCUCCAAAGGUUCCCACUACGUCACCUUUCACGACGGCACCUGAGCCACCCACCACUCGUAACGUAAAUGACCCUGGCUACUAUGCUCCCGACGACACGCCACGAAGGGAAAGCAACGAUAAGGAAUCUGAUGGAUUCUUUCCCACAGGCUCCAACGACAAGGAGAGGGACAACUAUGCUCGAGACGAACGCGAUCAGGACAACGAUGACAGAUACGACGAUGAUUUCUACGACAGGUCACGUAGAUAUGAUGACGAUGACAUCGGUUCGAUCGCCUCUCUGAGUUACAAGUACGAGGACCCAGACCGUGAAGAGAGACGCCGUAGACGUCGGGAAGCCAAGUCUGAGACUCGUGAGAAGAGCCAUGAUCGCGGUUACGAUCUUGAGGAGGGCGGUGAACGAAGGCGACGUCACCGGCGCCAUGAGACUGAAGAUGGGGAUGAUGACUGGGACACGAAGUCUGCCGUCUCCGACACUCGUUCAGAAGUUCCUGGCGAACGACGACGCAAGCACAAGAGGAGGGAAAGCGAGAAGGACAUAUCACCCGAGAGCAAGAGAAGGUCGCGCUCGUCAGCAGCUUCCGAAUACGGCGACUACGACGAUGACCACAAAUCUUCACGAAGACGCUCUAGGCGAGAUGACGACAUGGUUUCUGUCGUAUCCUCUAUCCCAGACCUAGACGAGGAUCGUAGUUCAAGAAGAGAGAAGGAGAAACGCCCAAGUGGCUUGCUAGGCCUGUUCAGCAGCAAGUCGAGGGAGAACCUGGCCGAAGCUUCGAGCAAGUCCUCGAAGUCAAAGGACGACGACGACGAAGAACGCAAACAUCGUAGACGGAAGCAUCGGUCGGAUCGCGGUUCCACUUACGGCGGCUCAGACGAUGAUGACAUGCGCUCCACGAUCUCAAGCAGUAGUCGACGCGAGAAGAGGAGCAGUCGCAGUCGCAGUGAGAAAGGAGAUGGAGACAGGAGGGAUGCUUAUGACGAUAAGGAUACUUUACACCCUCGAACCCCGCCCUCGCAUGCCGAUGAACAACAACCAGAACAACCGUCUUUUUUAGGCGAUCGGGCAGUGGCCACGGCCACUCCAAGUCCACUGCCCGUAGGUGAGCCUGUCGAUCAGGCCCACGAGGGUAGUGGCAUAAUCCCUGGAGAUCGGCCCGAAUUUCCUCUUUCGACAUCAGACGAUGCCCAACGCCUCACCGCCUCUGAAGACACCGACCGACCCAGAACACCACCCGAGCUGUCGUUCGAGGACAGCCGCGCGUUACUAACCCGUCUUACAGGUCUUCAGCCUUGGCAAUUGGAAGCUUUCCCAGACGAGCUUCCUCCCCUGCCGCUGUCUAGGCCAGGUUCGCCAACCCGAUCACCAGAUGUCUCGCGUCCUACUACUGCAACGUCUCAACGCCGGCUAUCCUCUACUGCAGUUCCUAUACGCUUUCGCAAGCCCGUUGUCCCCUCUACCACUGAUCCAAGCUUAGCAACUAGUCCUGUCUCUAUUGCCUCACCAACUCGUUCUCGCCAUGGCAAGACCCACUCUACAGAGUUCAGAAACUCUCGCGAGUUUCGACCGCUGUAUCUGGUGGAGCGCAACCGCAAAACCGAUGAGAUCGACGAGGUACUUCCAGCGCUCCCACCCAGUAGUGCAUCUUCAGUUGUCUCCGGCGCAGACUCAGAGGAAGAGUUCGAGUCCGCUCUAGAAUCACCGUACGAGAGCGUUGGGCAAUCGUCCAAUGAUCCAUCUUAUGAUCCUCUAAGUGCCGUAUCCGACCUCAUUUCGCCUCGCUAUGGAACGGAACCUCAACAGCCUGAGGUUGCACACCGUGAGGCUGAAGAGGUCGAGGAAUCUGGGCAAGCUACACCGAAAGCUUCAGACUAUUUUACAGGUGCGCAGGAAACGUCGUCAGGAUCCAGUGGUCCAAACUAUGAAUCACUUACUGCGGCGCUGGAACACGCAAGAGCACAAGAACAGGAUGAGUCUACCGAUGAUGCUUUCAUGUCAACCUUGACAUCUCCACAGCCAGAGACGCCUCUCGAUACAAGUGCCCCGCUUGACGAUAGGAUGAUGCGUGACGUGCCUACACCUCGUGAUGCUGUCUCUGCGCCAUCAAGUAGCUCGGCAAGACUUCAGGAUGCUGCUCUUGGUGCUGUAGUGGGAGGAUUGACAGCGGUUGCGAUGCGAAAGCGUUCCCCUUCGCCGACUAGGUCUGAGCGCGAUGAUUUCAAAGAUGAGGUUUCAUCAGUCGGAAAGUCAAAGCAGCCUGAAAUUGAGACCGCGGAAAACGUCGUCGAGCCAUCACCAAAGGAAAAGGGUAAGGGUAAAGGUAAGAAGGGCAAGAAGAGUAAGAAGGCCGUCGCAGCUGAGUCACCAAUACCUGCACCGACCGAAGAAAUGGUAGAGCCUUCGCCCUCUUUCAGCUUCGCUCCGACGUUCGUCGAGGACGAGGAUGAUUGGAUCAAGAACAGGUCCGAGUCUAUCGUCACAGAUGAUGCUACGCUUGUUGGUGAGCCUGUGGCUACGCCUGCAGAUGCCAAGGACUUUCGACAGAAAGUUCUGGACAGUACUGCACCGCCUAAAGACGAGUCUACUGAAGUCAGGCGCGCUACCUUUGAUGACGUUCCUCAAGAAGCCGCGAGGUCAAUCGAAAAAGUUGAAAAGGCAGAGACAGGGCUUGGAAUAUCAACCGAUUUCGCCCCAGCGACAUCAAUAUCUUCACAGGAUGCGCCUGCAGAACCUAGUUCUUCUACGCCCGCCGAUGUGUCAACCGCUGGGCCUACCACUGAGCCUAUCACUGAGCCUAUCACUGAGCCUAUCACUGAGCCUAUCACUGAGCCUAUCACCGAGCCUGUUAGUGAGCCUGUUACUGAACCAAUCGUUGAACCACCUACCGAAUCAGCUACCGAGCCAAUCGUCGAUGAGGAGGUUACGCCUGCACCAAAGGCCAAGAAGGGAAAGAAGAACAAGAAGGGAAAACGCGGUAGUAAACAAGUUGAGCCCGAGCCAUCGUCUUUACCCGAAAUCGCACCUCAAGAUGACCAGAUCUUACCUUCGUCAGAGUCACAACAGGAGACCAUUAAGCGCGAUAUUCUCGAGCCAUCUUUUGAACGCACCGAGACGAACGACAAGGUCGAUGUCAUGGACUUUUUGGUUCAAGAAGACGUGCCAGCCGCUUCGGCUGAUGAGGCAAUCUCAAAGGACAUUGUACCUACACCUGUCGCUUCUACGAACCCCAAAGAACCUGAGAUGGAAGUUCCAGCUGGGCCUGCCACACCCGAGCUUCAAGCUCGUCCUAGCACAUCCGACGGUCCUGAACAAGUUAAGAACAAGGUCAACGUCGAGGAACAACGUCGAGCCUCCACUAUCGAAGGACAGUCGGGAGGAUCAGGCUGGGGUUCCGGCCUGUGGGGUGCUCUUGGAUGGGGCAAGAAAAAGGCGCCGUCACCAACAUCCUCGCCUCCAUCCUCACCUAAACCCCAGUCUGCCGUCCUGGCUGCGCUGGCUGCUGCUAGAGAAGAGGCUAAACGUAAGGGAUUGCCAUCUCCACCGAUUGUGCCUGACAAGAAGAUUGCCACAGUCGGGAUCAGGCCUACUCUUUCCCGAAAGAGUACACAGGACGAACCAGCGAAGCCGCAGUUACAGCUCGAGACUGAAGUCAAAAGAGCCGCCGUACCUGAUCAGCGUCCAGCCGAGGCAACCCGCGAUCUUGUUCAAGACGAAGCAGGCUCCACUGUCACACCCCACACUGCGUUCUUCACUGACGAUGGUAAACCUUCUUUCGCAUUCCCUAAGACGCCAGCGACACCUCAGAAGCAGACUUCCGAUACUCCCAAGGACAUUCCUGCUGUCGAAGAGAAAACUACAUUGCAACUUGAAGAAGCUACACCUUCUACUGCCUUCUUCACAGACGAUGGAAAGCCAUCUUUUACAUUCCCACCUGUACCUUCCACGCCUGCAGCUACGUCGACCACAGCAGAGUCUGAAGAACUGCCUGCUGCGAAGGAGGCAAAGAGCCCUGCUUACGUCUCUCCGCGCAGCACGUUCUUUACCGACGAUGGAAAACCAUCAUUCACCUUCCCGACGAUGUCGUCUUCUCCUGCCAUCGAACCCAGCUCCACAGCUAAAGAAAUCCCCAUCACAGAAGAAACCACAGCUUCUAUGGGUGUCUCACCGCGUAGCACGUUCUUCACUGAUGACGGAAAGCCUUCGUUCUCGUACCCUUCGAUACCAUCUGCUACUGCAGAGCAAGCUACAUCGAUUGCGAAGGAAACAGAGGUUCCGCGGGAACAAACCCCAUCCACUUUCGUUGCGCCUCGGAGUACGUUCUUCACUGAUGAUGGGAGGCCAUCAUUUGCGUUCCCAUCAAUCUCUAUACCCGCUGAGCAGGCAGCCUCGAAUUCCACCGACACGAAGAUCGAAACGGAGCAAGAAUCAUCUGCGUUCGCUGUACCCCGGAGUUCCUUCUUCACCGAUGACGGAAAGCCACCGUUCGCCUUUGGAACUGUCUCUACGCCCACAGCGUCCUCGGUAUCGGUCAACAAAAGCACAGCCAUCGAAGAGAAGACUGCAGAACCUUUAUCUCUUGCUCGAAAUGCUUUGUUCGCUGAUGAUGGGCAACCUACCAGCACGAUCUCUGACUCAGUCCCGACUGAGUCUGGUGGUUCUACCUAUGAUCGAAUCUCGCUUGAACCUAGCUCGUCAAAGAAGAAGAUCAUCAAGCCGAAGAAAAAGACGAAGAAGAGUAGCGUACAGGUUCCUGAUCUGGAUGAGCCUGUAAACACCGUCAAUACGACUACUGAUGCUCCCAUUGGUAUUGCGUCGGAAGUCUCAGACGAGCAACCAGCCCCUGGGCCUGUCGAGCGCCAACUCGAAGCCGAAAGAGGUGAAGAGACUUCUAUGGGAAGUGCGGUCGAACCUCGAGGUGAACAAGUAGCACUUGAAGCUACGCCUCUUAGCGAAGAGCCGUCUGCCGUCGUUUCUGCUGAACCAGCCGUUGAGGUCAAGGAGCCAGUAGCUGCAGAGUUGUCCAUUCCAGCCGUUGAUGAGGUCACUCCAUCUGCUGGCAAGAAGAAGGCUAAGAAGAGCAAGAAGAGCAAGACUGCUGAGCCCGCGAUCACUGAAGCCGAGACAUCGGCUACCACAUUGCCUGUUGUACCUUCUGCUGAGCGUUCGCUUGAUGCAUCAUGGAAUCCGGCACUGCGCAGCGAGAAGGAGCCGAGUCGACAAGUCAGCGCGACACCCACAAGUGAAUUGGUGACUACAGCUGAGGAUAUCGCCAUCAACGAGCCCUCGACCGCGGAGACCGUGCAAGAAAGGACUGCGCCAUCAGAGAGCGAGGGUUUGAAGCUCGCAUCCGAAGUCACAUCAACCAUGGAGGAGGUUGCACACGAAGAAUCCUCUCUUCCUCUGGACUUGGCGGCUGUGACAAAACAAGAAGCACCAACCGAGUUCGUACCCUCUGUCCAGGACGAUACAUCCAAUACGAAGAUGAGUGAGAAGAGUGGUAUCCCCGCGCAGGAACCCUCACCCACUACUGUCUCUGAAUCUGUCGAAGCAAGCGAGAAGUUGUCUGACCAGCCGACUGCCACCCAUGACAUACACCAGUCUACCACAGUUGAGGCUGCCAACAUACCUUUGCCUGACGAACAAUCCGACAAAGAUCUCAUGUAUCCUUCCGAGAAGGACACCUCUGUAGACGUUAUUGAGGAGACUAAGCCAGAACUCGAAUAUUCUUCGGCGCCUAUAGAAGCUGAGCUCCCUACUACGCCUAAGACUAAGAAGAGCAAGCGGAAAAGUGGUAUCGCGACGCCCCUGCCUGAGAUCGAAGUCGCGCCUGAGCAGGUUACAGCUCCCCUUCAAACGUCUACACCGGCCAGUGAGCCGGUAGCUGUUACAGAAGAACUUUUUGAUCAGACUCGCGAUAUUGAGCGACCACCAUCGAUCGAACAGGUUGAUGCUGUAGAGGUUUCUCUUCCCCAGCAGAAGCUUGAUGAUGUAGCUGAUCCUGCCACUGUACCUCUUCCGACUGCCGCUUUCGACGAGGAUUUGUCUACGCCAUCAGAACAGCCAACAAUUACAGCUGAGGCCUUGACUCCCAUCGAAUCGAAGACGGAGGAUACCCCAUCAGCUCCCACUUCGAAGAGAGACAAGAAGAAGAAGGGCAAGAAGACCAAAGAUGUCAAACCCUCCGUGGAGGAGGUCUUUACGCAAGAGGAAAGUGCUAAUGUCGAGCCAAGCGUGGAGCAAGAGAACACGAAUAGAGAGAUCGAUCAAGAGGAGGCCACCAUCGCUGUACAAGCGCCAUUAGAGCUCAAAGAUAAGAUUCAGGAUGUUGAUGCGAAGGAUUCGAAUGCCGAGAAGGCCGGACCGGUUGUUCUCGAAGAGCAGCCACAGCUCGACGUUGUCAUUGAUCAGGCACCCAAGGAGGGACCCGCGGAGCACAGCAACGAUAUUCCCCAAAAGAUCCAGCCAACGCAUCUUGAGCCAGACAACUCAUCGACAGCUAAACCAAGCCAGGUCGCAGAUCUAGUGUUUGAUGACGUUGCGGAUGUACCUUCUUCUAAGAAAGACAAGAAAAAAAAGAAGGGCAAGAAGACAAAGAUUUCGGUUGAGGAGCCUAGUACACCAAUCCUUGAGGGACAACCAGAAUUAGAGGAUGUUCAAGCUCGCCCUGUUGUCGCCGCUUCCCAACCUGCGGUGGAACAGUCUGUACAACAGGCGGCAAAGUCGGAGCCUAUCGUUAACGACGUAAUCCCUGUGCAAGAGAAGUUCAACUCGGAGACCCUACAGCCUUCCACUGAGAGCGCAAUCCCCGUCAUUACGGAGCAAUCAGAAUUGCUACAGCCUGUAACGGUCACAGAUGAAGAAGUCAAAACAUCCUCGAAGGAUAGCAAGAAGGAUCAGGCCAAUGAGGACGUAUCAAGCGUUCCACCCAUUGGUGCUCAGCGCGAAUUGGGGCCUCAGGCAGAAGUCGCUGGAAGUCAAGACCUUCCUGAAGCGAUACAUGAACCGCAACAGGAAACAAGAUCCACUCGCGGAGCAUUGGACGAUACUCUCUCUGAACCUAUGGUCGGUUUUGAGUCAACUCCAGGAGUCACCGAAACGCAGUCCACCUUUGAUGAUUCAACGAUCUCGCAAGUGGCUCCAGUCGAAGAGCGUUUACAAUCUGCUACGCUACUGGAAGAAGAGCCUACAACGCCAUCGAAAAAGUCCAAGAAGAAGAAAGCCAAAAAGAGUAAACCAGUCGAGAUCGAACCCACAUCUAUCGACGUAGCCGAUGUGAAGGCGGAGACUGAACCUUCUAUUGAAGCCACUGGAUCCGGACCAAUCGCAGAUCACAUUCCGGCUACAUCUCCUAAGCCACUCGAACAGCCCCAGGUCGAGUCCCAAGUGACACAGAGUGACCCAGCACUCGAUGUUUCUCCCGAGCUACCUGUAGAGUCAGUCACGGAAGUUUCUCAGCCUUCACUCCCUGCCGAGGAUCCCCCACGCGAACCGUCACAAGAGACGCUGGCUAUUGAACCAGAGACAGUGCCUCUUCCAGAAACGCCUGCCAGAGAGAUUGACGAGCCCAUCGCAGACGAUCAGCUUGCUACGCCAUCUAAAAAGAGUAAAAAGAAGAAGGUUAAGAAGGGAAAACCGACCGAAACCGAGCCAAGUACGCCUGUUGCUGAAGUAGCUACUUCUCAGCCUGACCCAUUCACGAACUCUGCCCAACCUGAGCAACCCACAGCUGAAUCCGUUCCUUCAGCACAGGCUGAGCCUGCUAAGUCAGAGCAAGCUGCGUCAUUGGCUGAGCUUGUAGCUCUUCCCGACACCGAUGACAAUGAUCUGGAAGAGCCGGUAGUCCCCCAAGUUGAGGUUCCUGAGGAUGUCCCUGUCGUCCAUGAACCUGUUGCCGACAUCUCUGCUAACGCUGCUGGCACACAGCAGGAGAUCGCUCGAGAUCUUAUCGUCCCUGCAUCGCCCACGCUGCCAGCUGUAGAGGCCGAGCCAAUCUCCAAGAAGAGCAAGAAGAAGGGUAAAAAGGGCAAAUCCAUUGACGCUACUGAGCCUAGCACACUGGUUGAUGAGGAGCCAGCACCACAGACCGACGUCCCUUCCGAGCCUUCCCAAGACGCCAGACGCACCGAGGAUGAUGUCCCGCUGCCGCCGCAGGAGAGCUCCAGGGAGAUCCCAUCGAUUUCGCCGAAGGAGGUGCAAGCAAAUGAGGAUGCCACCCAGGAUGUCGAGCUCCAACAGGACCCAGCGACACUUAGACAUGAGCCUAUCACCGACGAUACUGCUACAGCUGUCAAGCCCGAUGUUACUUCUGGUCCUGUUACGCAAGGUACUACUGAGCAGCACCACACCGAGGAUGGCUCAGCGCUCGAACCCGAGCUUCGCGAUGCCUCUUCUGAUAAGCUAACUGGCUUCGUUGCUGAUGUCGCUACUCCGGUGACACCUCUUGAGUCCAGCUUUACGGGUGAGCAGCCUGUACUAGACACUCCCGCUGGCCCAAUCGCUGAGAUGGAUCGUGCUCUGGUAGCUGACCAGUUUACACAACCCGUUUCAUCUGCCGUACCAUUUGAUGACGUUGCAACACCUAGCAAAGCAGUCGCCGACGCUCCACAUGCCGAAGAAACAGUACAAGACGAAGACGCUCCUAGCACGCCCAAGAAGAACAAGAAAAAGAAGAAGGCCAAAAAGGGAGCAUCGGCUUCCGAGCCUGAGACUCUUGUUGCCGAGUCUGCGCCAAUCACUUCCGAGACCACUAUCGCAGCAACUGAGGAACCGACCACUCAAAACGUUGUUCGUGAGCCUAGUGCCACUGAACCUCUGCCAGAGCAUAUUGAGGCUUCUACUUCCGAGCAGGAUGUCAUCGCUUCCACGACACCCACCCAGUUCCAGGAAGACGCCCAACCGAUCGUUGUCGGACAAAUGCGCGACGAGCCCGUCCCGGAGCAAGGCGUUGAGGCUGCACCGCUCUCGAACGAAGACAAGAAAGGCCAGGAAGCUAAAAAGGCCGGAGUCGAGAGUGAGGCGCCCAAGAAAUCUUCUACGCCUGCCGAGGCUAGGAUGCGAGCUUUCGAUGAACCAACUAUCGAAGAGCCAGUCGCGUCUAAUGCUCAUGAAAAGUCUACAGAAGAAUCCGUCGUUGAGACACAGACCGUUCCCGAGACCGCAUCUCCGAUAUUGACGCCAGUGGAUAGUAACAUUCAAGACGAUGUACCUCCAACCACGUCGCCGGCUGAACAUGUCAUCGCCAGUACCCCGGACGAUCCCACACCUGUGCCCAGAGACCAAGAAGACGCCAUGGUUACACAGUCUGAUGUUGUCGCAUCUACAGCUGAGCAGAAGCAAGCGGAGGAGACGACUUCCAAGAAGAGCAAGAAGAAGGCUAAAAAGGCCAAACGUGCUUCCGUCGCUGAAGACCCGAUCCUGCACCCUGAGCCAUCGGCGUCGUUGCCCGAAACUACUGCAGAGGCACCAUCUACGUUUGUUGAAGUUGCAGAAUCUGCAAGAGCAACUACCUCAAGCAAAGGGCCCAAUCUCGACAUUACGCCCGCCUCGAAUGUGUUUGCCGAACGUGACACCGUUUCCGAUGCCACAGCUUCACCCGUUUCUGAAGCAACUAUCGUAGAGAAAGACGAAACGCUAACAUCCGACGAGCCAAGUCAGCAGAUGCCAACUAUCGAUGCACUCGUGCCUGAGGAACCCAACAUAGUAGAUGCCACAGAAGAAGCUGUCGCGCCUCUCUCGAAGAAGGACAAGAAGAAAGCUAAGAAGGCCAAGCGCGUUUCAACCACCCAAGAGUCUACUUCUAUUCCGCCCACUUCCAUUGAGGAAAAGGCUGAGCCGGUGCUGGAACAGCAGAUCGAGUCCACGACUCCAGCUACUGAGGGACUUAUCUCUGAAACCCCUGUCAUUGAAGAAACGCCAAUUACCCUUCCCGAUGUUGCUGAAGAGCGGACAACGAUACUUGCAUCUGUCCAAGAGCCCGCUGCAACACUUUCGCCUAUUUCUGAGGUGCCUAUCCAAGUCGAAGCUGCGCCAGAGGCCGCAGGGCCUGUUUCAACGAAAGACGAGAAGAAGGCGAAGAAGCCAGAGCGCGAAUCUAUUGUUGAUGCUAUUCCAGUCGAGACGCCAGUAGAGAAGUCCCAAGAACGCUCUCUUGACACUGUUGCUGCGAGCGUUGAGCAACAGCCUUCCGAAGUCGCAUCAGCCGAGCUUGCUGCAACAUCUGCCAUUGUUGAGGAAUCCAGCAAGGACGAAACCUCUUCCGGCGUACCGGCCGAAGACAAGCGAUUUCCAUCGACUUCUGUUGUGGAAGGAAAGUCAUCUGACGCAGUAGUAACUGAGCUGCCUUCUACAGUUGUCCCGACCGAGGGUCCUGCCGAAGAGCCCACAACACCUUCGAUCACUAAUGAGCCGGUAAAGCUUUCUAAGAAGGAGAAGAAGAAAGCGAAGAAGAACAAGCAAGGUUCAAUCGCAGAAGCUGAGCCAUCCGUUCCUUCCACUCCAAUGGAUGAGCCUGUCAAAGAGCUUGCGGAAAAAGUCAACGAUGGUGCCAUCAUCGACCAAGACCCUAUAGCACCAGUUGUCGAGCAGACAGAGGCUUCAGUUGCUGCACCCGCACCUUCCGAAGAAGUAGCAGCGUCUGUACCUGUUGCAGAACAGAUCCCCUCGAAGGCCACACAAGAAGAGGAUACUGUGUCGUCGUCAAAGAAAGAGACGGAGAAAGUGGAGAAAGCAGCUGAGCAAACUUCCACCGCCGAGGCCACAUCUUCUAAACCUCUUGUUUCCACCGAGGCACCGACCCAAACAGCUAACCCAUCUUUGGAUGAGCAGCCUUCUGCGGAGCUGCCCGAGGAGACAAUUGACACUGCAACCACCGAGGCGCUGCAAACAGAGGUCAUAGACUCGGCUGCGCCAGCUGCCGUUGCUGAAAAGGGAACUGGAAGCGAGGGGCUGAUCACCAGCGAUGAUGGGAACGUUCUCACAGAGGGAACGCAAUCCAUCAUUCCACCUGCGGCUGAGACUACCAUAUCAGACGUACCAACUAUGCCUAGCACCGGAGCUCUCCCUAAAGAUGCCAAGCAAGACGAUGAGCAAGAGCCAGAAGACUGGGCUGGACUACCGAAGUCGCAGAGAAAGAAGUUGAAGAAGGCCAAACGCGCGUCGGCUGUUGGAAGUGAACAAUCUGAGUCUGCAACGCCAGCUGAAGAUUUGCUCAAGGACCCUACUUCUGAGUCUCAAUUAGCCGAUAAUCAAGCAGCUCAAGAGCCCACUGACGAGCACAAACCGACAGAUGCAUCCCGUCAGUCCACCGUUCCAGGUGAGACAUCUACUAGUGAGAUAAAGCAGGUCGAACAGCAGCUUGAACCGUCUACUGCGACCAGUGAGCCAACAACCGACCCAACGCCAGCUGAAGAACAAGCCACUAUCGUCGCUACUCCAGAGCAACCUCCAGGCGAUCCCAAGCCACCAGACAAGGAGCCAGAUCCGCUUUCACCUUCGUCCAAGAAGGACAAGAAGAAGGCGAAGAAGCAAGCUAAGAAGGCGGUGCCUUUUUUAGCGGAUGAGACGCCUGAGGCAGCCAACUCUGAUACUCAGCCGUCUCUGUCGAUCCCUACACUUUCGGAGACCCAACUACCUUUCUCGGGGAUACCGACAUCCUAUCCCCAGCCUUUUACGAAUAAUGAGCUUGUUGAUGAUAAUGAUGUGAAGAUUGAGGAUGUAAGGGAGGAUGGUGGACAUGAAGAGGAGAAAAAAGAGGAGGAUUUUGAAUAUGAGGUGGCGAAAAGGGUAGUGGAAGAUGUACAAGAUCAAGGGGUAGGUGAGAGACAAGGGGAGCAGAUGGAAGAUGCUAGAGCUGAAGCCGGCAAGGAAAAGCUUGCGGUCGUGGAGGGAGAGGUCUCAGAGACCAUGACUACAGAACCGAGCGCUACUGGGUUGGAACCAAUGACUGUCGAGCAGCAAGCUGCGCCGAUUCCAUCGCAAGAGCCUGCAGCUGCCGAAGUUGAUGCUGCAGCGUUGGAGAUCGAGAAGCCAACACUCGCUGUGGAAGAGCUUGCGCCGGAGCCAAACAUCCUGGACAAAUCCACAGUUGUAGAACCAUCUCCAGCUGUGGAUGUCGAGCCAACAAGCACGCCAGAAGUCCCUAUCCAACUGGAGCUGCCACAACACCACGUUUCCGCUCUACCAGACUCUGUGACAGACCAGCCGACUGUUCUUCAUCCACAAGAAGAGACCGAGAACAUUGUGGAAGAAGCUAAUUCUACAUCGACUGCACAGCCAUCGCGCCUACUUGACGAAGCUAAUGAGGUGGCCGCUCCUUCUAAGAAGAAAAAGAAGAACAAGAAAGCCAAGCGCGUAUCCACUGCCGAAGAACCGGAACUGCAGACCGGACUUCUCAAGCCUGAGCAAGACGUUACGGACAAUUUGAGCGAGAUUAUCGCAGCUCCAGAACCCAAGGAGCCAGUCGCUUCUUCCAUUGAGGAUGUCCAGCCUCUGGAGGAUCCUGUACUCGUCGAAGACAAGGCGGUAGUAAACACUCCUGAGCCGGAGGCUGAUGCAAAGCCCACUGAAGAGGAAAUUACCUUCAACCACGGUCAGGCAGUCGCCGAUAUCCACGAGUCUGGCCUUUCCCCGAUUGCGGCAGAAGAACACCAGGACGUGCUUACAAAGCCCGACACGCCCACACCUGUGCCUGGUUUCGAUAACGAGCUAACUAGCGCGGAAUCUAUACUCAAGGACACGGAGCGUGUAGUUGGUGGCAAUGAACAGCCUGUAACUGCUCCUUCGGGAGCUGAGCAAACACAAGAGCCACAAUUCGAUGAGCCCAUCUCUCCCAAGAAGAGUAAGAAGAAGAGUAAGAAGGCCAAGCAAACGUCUAGCAUGAUUGCGCCUACCGAGACUACUUCUGAGGUUCAGUCUUCACAACCGGAGGGACCACCUUCGGUACAGCUUGAAUCAACGCAAACGGCGUCUGGACCGGUUGCUGAGCUUGAAGUAUCACGUGAGAUUCCUGUUUCUGAUCAACACAAAGAUAUUCAACCAUCUGGCACUUCAAUUAGCAAUACGCCAGCUGAUGCGAUGGUAACUGUACCAGAGGGACCCACUUCGACUCCUCUGGACGAAAUACUACAGCUUCCGCUAGCCGACAUCAAACGCGAAGCACCUACCGAGGCUCAAGAGGUUGUAUCUGACCCAUCGGCGGUAUCACAGCCUGCUUUGCAGACUUCUGAUGACAUACAGUUGCCCACCGAGGAGCUUCCGGUACCACCGCUGUCAAAGAAAGACAAGAAGAAGAUCAAGAAGGCGAAGAAGGAAACCGGCACUACAACACCUGCCGAAGACGUCGUUUCGGAACCACCACACGAUCCAAUCACCGAAGCCGUGCCUGCUCAACAAAGCCAGGAGGUUGCUGAGCUAGUCCCUGAAUCAACACCAGUUGAAGACGUACUUGUAUCAAAGCCGGAUGAUGUUGAGUCGGCUUCAGAGAGCAGGGCCGUUGAGCCGACAACAUCUGUCGAUUCUCAGGUACCUGUCACUCAAGAUACUCAAGAGCCAUCAAAUCCUACAGAACCACAGCCCGAGCUAGAGGUGGCUGCUGAACCUGUUCAAGUUGCUUCUCAGGUACCAUCGCUCGAAGACCGUACUAUCGACCCGCCAGCUGAGACGGUCGAUGAUAUGCCGGUUGCAGUAUCUGAUCUCGAGAUCCCGCCGCAUGCCCAGAUGGAGCAGCUUUCGACCCCUACUGCAGGACAAGAGUCUUCGCUUAGUUUAGCUGACGCCGCACCUUUGUCCAAGAAAGACAAGAAGAAAGCCAAGAAGGCGAGAGCGAAAGCUUUGGGUAGGGACACACCCAUCAAUGAAGAUAUAGUCGAACCCAAGGCUGAAGCCGCACAAGAUGUCAGCGCUCGCAGCAACGAGCCAGUUAUCCAGGACACACUGACUGACGCGCCUUACGACGAAGCCGUGGCCGAGAUACCUGCGCUCCCAGUAAACCAGGAAUCUUCACUCAAUGAUAGCGCUCUCCAACUGCUUCCGACGCAGGUCGCCAAGGAAGAAAUCACGAAGUCUGGUUCUACGACGCCUUCCACGGAGAACGUCCCAUCCGUUCCAUCGGCUGUCACUCUAGAGUCUAUUGUUGAGCAAUCGAACAAAGACGAGCAAGUCCCUACAACGCAAGAUGCCCCGGUUGCACGAGAAGUCUUGAUUGACGAGCCGACUGAGGAAGCUGUCAGCUACGAUGCGUCAGUUCCUACUGCCGUGCCAGCACUCAUCGAAGAGCAGCCCACAAAUAUACCAGCAGUAGCUGUUGAAUCUCAAGCAGAGGAGCCAGCAUCGCCAACGAUCUCGAAGAAGAAGAAAAGCAAGAAGAGCAAGAAGACAGAUGCCAUGACGCCAACAACCGAGGCUCUACCCGCAGCUGAGUCUGACAGCAUUAUCACAGCUACUGAUGGUGUAGUGCCUCUUACAACUGAGGCUCGUGUCUCUUUCGCACCAGUCGUGGAUGAGCAGCCCAAGGUAGAGGAAGCUGCAAUCCAACCGGAGGAUCUCCCACUGCAGGAGACAACUGUCACUACACCUGCCACUGAGACUGCACUUGCAGCUAGCGAACAAGAUUCAGUGCCACAGACAGCGAUUCUGGAAGAAGCCAAGAGUGAGACAAACAUGCGGGAGUCGAUUCCUGAACGCAAGCUGAGCAAGAAAGAGCGAAAGAAGGCACAGAAGCAGGCUGCUGCUCUGGCUGGUGAAUUCAAGGUUGACAGUGAGCCUGCCGUCGAGCCUUCCAUCGAGCUGUCCACCGACUAUGCGUCAGCAGAACCAUCGCCUCUGGCUGAUGUUCUCGACACCACUUUGGUUGAAUCUACACAAGACCCCGCCCUAAUGGCUCGAGGUCCUGUCGUCGGGCGCGAGGCUUCUCGCGACGUAUCCGAACCUGUACGAGAGGAUCCAACCGUAAGGACGAGCGAGUCACUGCCUGAAGUCGCAGAAGUAGAGAACGUAGUUUCCGUGACUCCCAAAAAGGGCAAGAAGGCUAAGAAAGACAAGAAGAGUGCGGCCCAGCCUGUUGUUAUCGAUGUCGCAAAUGAACCCGUCAGCGAAAUGUCUGAACUUCCUGGACAGGCAAAGGCAUCGGAAGCGCUCGAGAUCGAGCCCAUCACUACUGGCGGACCGCAAUCUACCGAUUCAAAGGAUCCAGAGGAAACCGUUCAGGACACGGAGCAGCCAGUGAUGAUUCCGAUCGAAGAGCCAUCGAACAUGGCAACAAAAGCUGAGGCUGAGCCUUUUCCUGCCGUCAGCGAUGCUCCGGAAUCCGCCGAACAGCCUAGAACAUCAACUGCAUCACAAGAGAUGGAUAUCGCAGUGCUACCGAACAGCGUCCCAUCAAGCUUUUCUGAGGUGCAAGACAGUUCUGUUCCUCAAGUUCAAGCAUCAGCGCCAUCGAAUGCAAAGAAAUCCGAGCAAAAGCCCUUGCAGGACCCGUCCUCGGAUUUCCCAACUGUCGCGCCGGCUAUUGUGGACCUCCAAUAUCAGACCGAGGAAGUUGAACCACUCCCCAAACCUUCCACAUCUCAGCCCGUCAAUGAGGCCGCUCACAGAUCGCAAGCGACCCGAGAGAUGACAAACGACCGUAGCGAUAUUGUGAAGGACUUAGCUGAAGCGUCAGCUGAGCCCGUUGCUAUCUUGGAUGAAAACAGGGAUGUGCCAAAGGUAUCAUCUGAAAACACCGAUGCCCAGCCGAGUAUCGUCGAGCCAUCCAAUCUAGAGGCACUUAUCCCAUCUCCAUCAAUCAUCACAGAGGAAGUGUCCUUUGAAACUCCUAGCCCAACUGCAUACGACAAGGAGGUCUCGUCUGUAAUCCCCACUGAUGCCUCGAUCUACCACAACGACAGUUUACCUACGAAUACCGAGGUCACAAAGGAUAUCGAACGACCUACGACACCAAUCGUAGGGAACGUACCGACCGUCACUGAGGCUGAUGAAGACCAAGUAUCUCAUGUCUUCGAUGCGGCUCCUGAAGAUACCCAGCGAAGCUUUGACGAGCAGCAGCCUAUCGAACCCACCGACUCUUUCACUGCACACCAUGGAGCGGGCCCUGUUACUCAAGACGAUGAUGUUCCACGAAACGAGCUAUCACCCUCCCUGAAGGCGAUUCAAGAUGAUGCUGCUGAACUGCGACUUCGUGCCGAAGCCCUCGACGCAGAUCUCGCCACACAAGGAAAUACUGACAAAUCCUCUGCCACUGAGCCGACUUCUAUAUUAGAUCUGGUAAGAAGGCUUACAAAGAAGGAUAAAGAAGAGGCAAAGAAGAGCAAGGUCGAUUCUGAUACUCUAUCGACGACUCCUGCGACCCAAACUGAGGUUGCGGUCGAGACGAAGGAGGGCUCCAGAAUGCCUGCACCUGUUUCUGCGCCCACUCUAGUGGAGGAGCAGGUUCUUGAGGAGACGGGAGCUGUUGGCACACCAAUCCCAGUAGAGGAGAGCCUCGUCCUGACCGAUGUGCCUUCCCGCAACCUGAGCAAGAAAGAAAAGAAAAAGGCCAAGGCCAAAGGGCCUGCGAUCAGCUUUGAUGAGCUUCACGACACACCAACGCAAUCGAGCGUGCCGAUCGGCGAUAUCCCAAAGCCAGCCAUCGAGCAGCCAAGGGAAGAUUUACAAGUUGCCACUGAACCUUCAGCUAGCACCACCAUAUCAGACGACACUCCCCAACCUACCCCGCCCAUGGAUGUUGAGAGAAUGGGCUCUGCCGAGCCAGCCACAGUCGAAACCCUAGCUUCGUCGGCCGUCACUGAAGACGUUCAAGAAACCAUUGCAGAAGACGAGCCAGUGCUGUCGAGGAACCUUGACAAGAAAGACAAGCAGAAGUUUGAACAAACUAUCGAGUUCCAAGAUACGCCAGUGACUUCGUCCCAGGAUGUCUCUUCCGCUACUGUGGCUGAAUCUCAAGAGGUAGCUUUACCUGAUUAUGGGUUAGCUGCUCCAUCUCUAGCACCUGUUGUCGAGACAUCCCCUAUAAAGAGCAUUGAGACACCAAGUGAGCUCGCUGUGGAGGAACUUGUCGCGGCGCCGCAGACAUCAAGCCAAGAUGAGGAAACACGGAUUGAUACCUCAAUCGUCGUGCCAAUAGAGACAACCAAAGAUACUCUGCCGCUAGUGGCUACCGAGCAACAAAAGACGACCAUCGAUGAGUCACCCGUUCCAUCUCAGGAGUUUAUCAAAAAGGACAAGAAAAGAGUCAAACAAGACGCACUAGCCGCGCAGGACCUUGGAACAUCCGCCACGAGGGAUGUAUCGCUUCCCGAAGCCAGCGAGCCGGCUGCUAUAUCACGACUGCAUGCGGAGCCAGAUGUCAAGAGCACUGAAGUUCUUCCAGAACCUAUCUUGACCGACUACACCGAGUCUACACAUGUCUCAGAAAGCACCCAGGAGCGAAAACAAGAGCUUGCGGCUGUCCCUGCUCUAGCACGCAAAGAAACCAAGAAGGACAAAGGGAAGAGCAAAGAGGAUGUGGGAAAAGCCCAAGAAGUUCGAGACGAAGAGCCGCUGGUCAAUCCAUUAGAACUCAUGGGCACUCAGCUCCCAGUCCCCAUAGACGCCCCAGUUGACCCCAUUGAAGACGCGCCUGUCGCACCGGUAACUGAAAGUCAGCGUGACCUACCUUCAGAGGUCGAACCCCAAGAGAUCAUCGUCCCAGAUGGCAACGCAGAGGAGCGUUUGAGUGCCGAGCACCCAACGAUUGAAGCUACGCCUAAGGCUGAAACAACCACAAGGAACGACAAGAAGCAGAGGCGCAAGUCAAUGAUCGCUACCACGUCGUCGGAGGAGCCGGCCAAUGUCACACCUACCGGUCCAGUCGAAGAGAGAGUCCCCAUGCCUGAAGCAAACAUCCUGUCGAGAGUUACAUCGAAUUCUCGCCAGAGGGAGACUCAAGAUAGCAUACUUCCCGCGGAAAACACGACCGCAACGCCAUCAGCGUCCGAGCCGAAUGUCGAAGAAGUUCCUAACAAGCUUAAGGGUAUGCAUUCUAGAUCCAUAUCCGACAUUUCAACCGCUGGUGUCCAAGUCAGAGCUACCGAACCCGACAAUACUCCUCAGCAACCACUGUUGCACAAGAAGUCGUCCAAGAAGCACAAGCUAGCAGCGUUGUUCGAGCGCGGCGCAUCGCAGGAUGGCCCCAGCGCGGAACGUAACUUGCGCAGGGAAGGUUCUGGCAGUGUCAGAAAUCUCGCCGAACGAUACGAGAGUCAGUCUCGAUCUGUCACACCCGUUCUACCCCCAUCUCCUGAGAAGCGUUAUCUAUCUCGAUCUGUGACGCCCGUCCUACCUCCAUCGCCUGAGAAACGCCAUGUAGCUAGAGUUGCGUCCCGUAGUCAACUUGGCUUGGCGUCGCCAGUUCGAUCGGAUUCGAAGUCGCCAGCAAGAGAGAUAGACUUCGCAGCCACCGUGGCCGCCAGUUUGCAAGAGUCUGGUUUUGAUCCUGGAUAUGUCAUCAACGACAAGUCAUUCCAUCGCUCGAACUCUAUCUCAGGAGCUCGCGAUAUCACACCAGAUGACGACAUUACCGCCGCAAAAGAGAGAGCCAGUAGAUCUCGGCUCGGAAGCUUAAGCCGUUCUUCAUCGGUCUCUGGCUCUCCAAAACUGCGACCGACGCAGCCUACUGGGCCUGAUGUCUUACCACCUAUCGAAGUGGCAAUGGCACCUACGGACACCGUAUCAUUCGAUCCCCUAGACGUGCUCAAUGACCCUGCUUUUGCAGCGCGAAAGUCACCUCCCGGUGUUCUUGAGGAGGCUGAUCCUGAUGAGUUGGCCGGGUCUUCAAGUCUCAGAAGAACCAAGGGUAAGAAGAGACGUCAUCCUCUACCAGAGACACCAGUAGAUGUCGAGAAGAUGAGCACACAGGACACUGGGGUCGCACAGACUAAACAAGGCAAGAAGUCAAAGAAGGACAAGGAACAAGCUCCACGUCAGCAAGACGGUGUUGAGUAUGCAGCUGCAGAGACUCCGGCGAUUGAGGCUCUUCCAAAUGUGCCUCUUGCUGUAGAGACUCCAGUUGACUCCACGGUCCGCGAGGUUGAGCCUGCCCGGUCCAUGCCUCACGCGUCGACCAAUACUGCUGUCCUUCCGGACGUACCAACACAAGCAACAAACGUAUCAGCCACACCUACUGAAUUCGACGAGGUACACUCAAGUAGGCGAGAUAAGAGGGCGAAAUCGAAGAAGACAGUCACAGAAGAGCAACCUGCAGGCAAGGAGGACAGCCCGAUCCUACCUGUGACAUUCGAUCAGGAGCCCCGCUCGCUGACCGCCGAAGAGCCGAGGGAGUACCCAUUUCCCCAGGUGGUGUCACAGGAAAUCUUGAAGCAGUCGAAGGAGGAAACACACAAGCAGGAGUUGGAGAAAGAGAGGGAUAUGAACGCAUGGGCCCCAUCGCCAAAAAAGAAGGGCAAAAAGAGCAGGAAUGUUGAAGAAAAGGUUGAUGAGGAGUCUACGACCAGGAUGAAAGACGCACUACCAGCUGAGGCACGAACUGCCGAUCGUGAAGUUCACAAACGCAGAACACAUCCUGUAUCUUUCGACGACGAGCGACCCGAGGAAAAGCGCCUACACACAUUGAAGUCCACUCAAGAGCCUCAAUUUACCAGUGAGAGGUCAGCAUCACCGUCGCGCUUUGUCGUGCCAGAGCUCGCACAUCUUGAAAAGCACUCCAAUGAGCGUGUGUCUAGUACAGGCAACGCCCAAUCGUCAACCCGUGGUGUAGGACCAGCCGAUGAGCCAUCGUGGUCCUUUGCCGGAGUUCAAGACAAGGUCGACCAAGCCACCACCAAGGCUCAGCCGGAGCAGCCUAUCGAAACGGCACCACGUAAACUGAGGCGUUCGAAGGAACCGAAAACUCCUCUGAGCGCACCAAAACGUUCAAUCGCAACUGAUCAUGAUACGGACAGCCCGGCUUUGCCAACGCACCCAAUGACUCUAGGCACGCCCACCACAAGCGACGAGUACGCCACGAAGGAGCGAUCCUCCCAUCUUUUCGAUUCUUCGCCAUCUACGCGCGCAUAUGGCACUUCACCAGCGGCAGCACCGCAAACGCCUGCUCAUGAUACCCACAUGGUCGUUGAAACUCCGUCAAAAGAUGUCAGUGGAUCGUCGCGGGCAGGCAAGAAACCGCGCGUCGAAUCGCACCAAGGCCGGGCAUCGCCUACUAAGGAACUCACACAGAAGGAGCCAUACCAGUCCUUGUUUGGAGAUCCGAAUGAGAAGAAGAGCGAGACCCUUUCAUCGACUAUCGCAAAGCCCGAACGUACUAGCACUCCAGGCACCAAGCAGCUUGAAUCUAUUACAGAAGUCAGUCCAGAUGACACUACCACCAAAAAGAAGUCACGGUCAGCAGCCGAUGUGGGUGUAUCUGAUCGAGGACUGAAGUCAGCUCGUCGCACUGAGAGUCUCAGGCAACUUUCUGAUCGUCUAAGAUCACCUCCGCCUAGCACACCAACACCUACAGGUCGCCGGAGUGUGCAAUCCACAGUCGAAAAUGUAGGCGGAAGAGACUCGCCAUGGCAACAAGUCAACGAAGGCAUCGAUCGAACCAUGGCCCUCAGUCCCGCGCGCCGUAUGCCACGAUCAUCCCCAAGCGCAGACCCGUUGAAGCAGCACAUUGGUGAGCAGCGGUCACCUAGUGUUCAAAGUCAACGCUCUCUGAGUAAUAUCGCAAGACUGAGGUCUCCCGACCAAGAGCGGCCUAUGAGCUCUUUGAGCAACCAUUCGGAGCGUUCGUUGCGAAGAGUGGACCGGCAAACGUCAGGUGACCUGAGAUCAGCCUCGAGGCUUGGCGCGGCCAGUGCGCAAGACGCUAAGAGCGUGCAACCUAAUCUCUCAAGCACGGCGCUCGCGGCAGGAGCAGCAGCCAUCGCAGGUAUCGCCGCCCCACCGGUUUACGACCCAGUCCGGGGUACAGGUAGAGGUCGCCGGACCAGUAUGGCUGAAACCUUUGUAAGUAGUUUGAUGUUGUUGUAA